CCGCGCUGGGCCAAGCGCGCGGUGCUCAAGCAGCUCCGAGUGGUCCAGGCUGGAGGAAACUUGCCUUCUCAUUUGAGGGAUCCUGUCACAGAAAUGUGUGAGUCCUUGGAUAAAUUUGGCUUGGUGACGGCAGUGCUUUCUCCAGUGACACUGCCACUUCCUCCUCGCCACUUUCCUACCUGGACCCGAGUUCCUCAGUGUUAAUCUCGGCACUAAAUUAGAGGAUCUCUCCUUAACCACCCAGUCUGUGCCUGCCAAAUUUCGAGAAGCUGCUGGGGAUGUCUGACUAGCUCGGAUGGAGCUCCACUCCCUUGCUACGACGAACAGCCAGGCCGACCUAUGUGAUGCUGUGGAGUGGAGUGCAGGAGGGCCUCCUGGGGACCUCCCAGAUGCCGCAGCCACCAGAGCUGCCCUUUGCUGCCAGAGACACUGCACAUCAACACCAAGGUCAACAGAGACAGAAGGGUCUAAACCUAGCCUUUCCCCAGCAUCCCCUGCCGCCUCUCUGCAGGACAGUGCUAUUCAGCCAGACUCUUUCCCACCAGGAUCUGUCGAUUCCGAGAACCACCAAAUCACAGGAGAACAGAAAGUCUGCAACUGCUGCAGCCAGGAAUCGGAAACUUCGUUUACCUACGUGGAUGAGAACGUCAACCUGGAGCAUUGGGACCGGAGCUCCCCUUCCACAAAAGGGAGCCAUCACCCCGGAACUCUGGGCUGGGGAAAUCCAAAUGAGUGGGCCCAGGAGGCUGCCUUGUCUUUGAUCUCCGAAGAUGAAGACGAUUCCAGCUCUGAAGCCACGUCUUCAGGAAAGUCAGUUGACUAUGGUUUCAUCAGCGCCAUCUUGUUCUUGGUCACGGGGAUCUUGUUGGUGAUUGUCUCUUACAUUGUCCCCCGCGAUGUGACUGUGGAUCCCAACACCGUGGCCGCCCGCGAGAUGGAACGCCUGGAGAGGGAGAGCGCGAGGCUGGGGGCUCACCUAGACCGCUGCGUGAUUGCGGGGCUCUGUCUGCUCACACUCGGGGGCGUCGUUCUGUCCUGUUUGCUUAUGAUGUCUAUGUGGAAGGGCGAACUCUACCGUCGAAGCCAGUUUGCCUCUUCCAGAGAUUCUGCAAAGCUGUACGGUUCCUUCAACUUCAGGAUGAAAGCGGGCGGGCAUGGAAACACCCUGGAACUGUCCUUGGUAGAAGAAGACGGGCUUGCUGCGGUACAGAGUUAAUUCUGGUGGUGAAGUGUGAGGCUACCCUGGCCUUUUAUACGAGAAAACGUACCGCAAAACACAGACACAGCUCGUAAAACUAACAGCGCCUUGUCUUUGCCUGGCAGGAGCAGUUUAUUCCUCCAAACCCCUAGCCGAGGAGUGUUUUCAGUCCUGAUGUAUCUU